UGACGUCAGAUAUGGAGGCAGCAAUUAGUGGGUGGGGCCUGCUGUCUCCACGGAAACCUCCAGUGGCUGGUGGGCUGAGGCCUGCAGGGGACGGUUGCAGUGACGAAUAUGUCUGCCUUGGAAAAGCAACUAUACGUGGGACGGUUGCCCCCAAGACCACCCAUGCCUGGAGGCCUGCAGUCCGGGUCCAAGAUGAGGAUGGGGCCAGGAAGGAAGCGAGAUUUCUCCCCAAUUCCCUGGAGCCAGUAUUUCGAGUCCAUGGAAGAUGUGGUCGUGGAGAGUGAAACUGGCAAAGAUAGCUUCCGUAUUUACAAGAGUGGAUCGGAGGGGCCGGUCCUGCUGCUUCUACACGGAGGGGGACAUUCUGCCCUGUCCUGGGCUGUGUUCACUCCAGCAAUCAUCAGCCGGAUUCAGUGCAGAGUGGUUGCAGUAGACCAGCGAGGACAUGGAGAAACUAAAGUGAAGAACCCCGAUGACCUGUCAGCAGAGACCAUGGCCCGGGACAUUGGGAGUGUGGUGGAAGCCUUGUACGGAGACCUCCCUCCUCCCAUAAUGCUUAUCGGGCACAGUAUGGGGGGAGCCAUUGCCGUCCACACCGCCGCAUCUAAUCUCGUCCCCAGUUUGCUGGGCCUCUGCAUGAUCGACGUUGUGGAAGGCACUGCAAUGGACGCUUUGAACAGCAUGCAGAACUUCCUGCGCAGCCGCCCCAAGACCUUUAAGUCGCUGGAUUGCGCCAUUGAGUGGAGCGUGAAGAGCGGUCAGAUCCGGAACGUGGACUCGGCCCGGGUCUCCAUGGUGGGACAGGUUAAACAAUGUGAAGAAGCCACACGUCCUGAAGGACCAAAAGCUCUAGUAGAAGGAAUCAUUGAAGAAGAGGAAGAGGAUGAAGAGGAGAACGGAGGAGAAUCCAUUAACAAAAGGAAGAAAGAGGAUGAUUCGGAGACCAAAAAGGAGCACCCCUAUACCUGGAGGAUCGAGCUGUCAAAAACCGAGAAGUACUGGGAAGGUUGGUUCAAGGGCCUUUCCAACCUCUUCCUCGGCUGUUCAAUUCCCAAACAGCUCCUUCUGGCAGGAGUGGACAGAUUGGACAAGGACCUCACAAUAGGACAAAUGCAGGGAAAGUUCCAGAUGCAGGUUCUCCCGCAGUGUGGCCAUGCUGUACAUGAAGAUGCUCCAGAUAAAGUCGCUGAGGCUGUCGCCACCUUUCUGGUGCGUCAUCGGUUUGCAGAACCAGUUGGGGGAUUUCAGUGUGUGUACCAGGCCUGUUAGUGCCCUGCAGUCGGCGGGCACCCAGUCGUCUUGUAAAUAACUUGCUCCAGAGGCCAUAGCGAUGACCCAGUUCUACAUCGUCCCUGGUACAGCAGAGCGACGCUUCCAACAAUACAUGCCAAUCAAUACACAAGUCAAGUGUCCGCGGUGUUUCCUUUCCCUCCUCUUCCAGGUCGGGGGGUGCCGUUGCUGUGUUAGCGUGGCCAUCACGCAGCCGCCCCUCAGUGGACCGAUGACCUGCUUCUCGUCAUUGUAACUUAUGGUCACAGUUCGGAGGGAGGAGCACAGUCUUCUGUGGGGGUUCACAAGUGCCCCCUGUUAGUGAGGCCAAGCGAGCCCAUUAUUAUUUUUUUAAAUAUAACUUUAGGAUGUAAUUUAUAGUUUACAGUAAUCACAUUAGAAGGAGAGAGACCCACUGAUACAAUUCUGCACGUUUCUGACCUACCUUCCCCAUUUGGUGCUUUAUAAGCCAUUCUUAAUCGGAAAUUCGCUGGUGUAAACUGUGCAAAAUUUAUUUCGAGGUGCCCGCAUCUUGGUUUGUCCUAAAGACAGAAAAUGCUGGGGGCAGGCAUAGAUUUGGCCUAACAUUUGCACCAUUUGCUGUCUUUAAAAGUAUUAAAUGUGUCAGAACUUGGCUGGCCACGCCCCCUACAUCCAGUCGUCCCCGCCCACUUUCUUUGCACUCUUCAAAAGUAGCUGCAAAAAAAUUGCAGAUUUUAGCGCAAGUUUGGCGUGUGACAAUAUUUACUACUUUUUGCCGCAAUUGAUUUAAUAAAUGACCACUAGUUCUAAAUUCUCAA